CUCACCUUACCGCCAACCGCCACUCACUGUACUCAUCCAUCGAUCGCUAGCUGCGCACGCCACUGCGGCCGCGUCCGCCUCACCUAACCCUGGCCUGCUCGAUCGCCGGCCGAUGGCGGCAGCGGCGGUGGCGCGGCUCACUGCGGCGACGACGUGCCGGAUGCGCGUCAGUGGCCCGGUCACUGCCGCGACGACGUCGGCUGCCUCGCCGGUGACCGUCACUCUGGGUGAUCUGCCACAGCAGAAGCGAUCGGCCGCCACGGCGACGACGACGACGAGUAGUGGUGGUUCUCCUGUGGUGGUGGAGAAGAGAGCGGCGGCGGCGACGGCGGCGGAGGAGGAGGAGGUGGAGGAGGCGGCGGCGGUGGCGGCGCUGGCGAGCGCGUGGCGGGAGGUGCAGGGCGCCGGCGACUGGAGGGGCAUGGUGGAGCCGCUCCACCCGCUGCUCCGGGACGAGGUGGUCCGGUACGGGGAGCUCGUCGCGGCGUGCUACCGGGCGUUCGACCUCGACCCGGCGUCGAAGCGCUACCUCAACUGCAAGCACGGCAAGAAGCAGAUGCUGCCGGCGGUCGGCAUGGCCGGCGCCGGGUACACGGUCACCAGGUACAUCUACGCCGCCCCCGACGUCGCGCUGCCCUUCGGCGUCGGCGGCCGCUGCUCCUGCGCCGGCAAGAGCCGGUGGAUCGGCUACGUCGCCGUCGCGUCCAACCGCGAGGCCGCCCGCCUCGGCCGCCGCGACAUCCUCGUCUCCUUCCGCGGCACGGUGACCGGAUCGGAGUGGCUGGCCAACUUCAUGAGCGCGCUGUCGCCGGCGCGGUUCGACCCGGCCGACCCGCGCCCCGACGUGCGCGUCGAGUCCGGGUUCCUCUCCCUCUACACCUCCGACGACCUCUCCGGCAAGUUCACCUGCGGGAGCUGCCGGAACCAGCUCCUCUCCGAGGUGACCCGCCUCAUCGACAAGUACAAGCACGACGACGUCAGCAUCACCCUCGCCGGACACAGCAUGGGGAGCUCGCUGGCGAUCCUCCUCGGCUACGACCUCGCCGAGCUGGGCCUCAACCGCGGCGGCCGCGGCGGCCGCGGCGGCGCCAUCCCGAUCACCGUCUUCUCCUUCGGCGGCCCGCGCGUCGGCAACCUCGAGUUCAAGAGACGGUGCGAUGAGCUCCGCGUCAAGGUGCUCCGCGUCGCGAACGCCCGCGACCCGGUGACGAGGAUGCCCGGCGUGGUGCUCAACGAGGCCGCCGCUAGGGUUUUCCGGGUCGAGCUGCCGUGGAGCAAGGCGUGCUACACCCACGUCGGCGUCGAAGUCGCCCUCGAUUUCUUCAAGGCCAGCCACGCGGCGUGCGUCCACGACCUCGACGCCUACAUAAAUCACCUCCUCGACGGCGGCGCGGCGGCGUCGGCGACGACGACGACCUUGGAGUCGUGGAGGUGGCAGAUGGCGGCGAUUCGUGCAGGCGAGUGGCUGCAGACGCUAGGGAUUUGAAGCGUCCACUAAUUAAUAUCUGUAAUCUGUACGCAUGUUUUACAGUUGUAUAGUUGUACUAUUUCAUGUCGUGGAUCGAUCAAGAUUCAAGGGGGAGAAAUUAAAGAGCAAAACAAGUAAACAUCUAACCAAA